AUGGUAACGAAACCGUAUAGAGCCUUCGAUUCUGACAUCGGCGCAGCAGGGCAGUGCUCUUCCUCUGCGCUGCCGUCAAUUACAGACAGGUCACAGGCCCUUGUCAUGCCGUUCCACGUAGCCGUGAUGCUCUUGGCGAACAGUACUCCUCUUUCCUCAACAUCUGGGAAGGGAUUCACGACACCGUCCAAGACCAGAUGCCCCGUAGAUGGACAUGCGAGCUGCCCCAACUGCACGACGAAACUGGUCUAUGUCGUGGGCCAGAUCCAAGAAGGAGACGCAGAGGAUCUUCAGAAAUCAGCCGAGCGGCGUGAAGCACGCAGUGAACUCCGUGCGACGGAGUCCAAGCACGAGGCUGUCGUCGCCGAUGCCAAAUCUCAGCUAGCCGGGGUGGAAGCCGAGCACACAGAACUCAAGCAAGACGUCGCGCGUAUGCAGCAGGAGCUCAAUCUGCACCAUGCCAAUUCGCAGUCCGAGCAGCGCAUUCGCACGCUGGAAGCGGAGGCUUUGCAACUCUCCGAGCUCCGCGAGAGCCACGAGAUGCAGAUCGAACAGAGCCGCCGUGAAGUCUUGGACCUACGCCGACGGCUCGAGGAGCUGGCAGCGCGGAGGGCACAGGUGCAGCAGGAGACGGGCAACGCUGCCGACGCCACACGCUCGCUGGCGACGUCCCUGGAGGAUGCCAAAAGGCAGCUGCAGGAGUCAGAGGAGCAGCGCUGGGUUCUGCGGCGUCGAUACCAGACGAUCGGGGAGCAGUUCGAGAAAGCCCUGGCUCAAUCUGAAGACCAGAGCCACAAAGUUCGGGCUAUACUACGACCUGGUCCCCUGGAGGAGCUCGAGGCUGCCCUGACGGAGCGCCGGAGCCAGGGCAAGGAGCAGCGGCAGCGACUGCAGGCUGCAGAGCUACAGUUGGCGCAGACUGAGCUUGCAGUCAAAGAGACGAGCAUCACCCUGCAGCUCCGGGAAGAGGAGGUGUGCCAGUGGCAAAGAUCACUGGAAACAGAGAGAAAGCUCGGGGCACGUCGUGUGGCAUGGCAGCAGCAGCUGGCCGAGGAGACGCAAAUGAAGCCGGCGAUGGUUCCGGUGCCCCUUCACGAAAAGCUCCUGGAAGACCAAGCUCGCUUCUUUCAGGAUCGACUCGCGGAGAUGGAGAAGCGUUUCUCCACUUCUCAGCCGGCACCGAAGCAGUCCGUGGGCGAGCUGACGGCAGAACUUGCGGAGGUCCGUGCGCUUCAGGAACAAGCGGAGGCACGCCAUGCUGCUGCAGAGCAGAAGCGGUGCGUUUUGGCCGAGUCGCUGGCAGAGGCUGGCUCCAACAUCAGCAGGCUGCAGCAGAUUGUGGACGAGGUCUUCUCCGGAACACCGAAUCCGCAGCUGGUCAUCGAUGAGGCCGCAUUGACGAAUCUACAACACCACCUUCGAGGCUGCAACAGUGGCGGAUCAGCGCUUGGACGCACCAAUGUGACUGUGGGCUAUCGGGGCUUUUGGGUUGAGGGUGCUGGCAGCGCCUUCGUCGUGCGUGGCUGCCAAGCAGCUGAAGUUCUACUGUUGUCGAUUCUGCGACCGAGCAUUUCGGAGACAGUCGCCAACUACAUCCGGGACGAGAUAGCUCGAGACCACACUGGCGAGUUAGACCUGCCAGACCUGGACGGGAGCGCCGUGGAGACUGCUGCAAACUGCUCGCACCAGGUGGGCCCAGACACCGUCCCAACGUACAACCCCAGCGUGGACGACCGCGGCUGCUUCGUCAGUCACCAAUCACAGAACAACUGCUACAACUACGGCACAGACAUCUCCACGGAUACCUUCGCCCAGCCCGGCCGAGGAUCUGGGCACAAGUGGAAAGCCAACACCUGCGAUGCCAUCCGGGCCGCUGCGGAGAGCGACGGCCUGCAGUGGCAGGGGACGGAGCUGCCCAAGGGACCGCCAGAGACCGGGCACUUCGUGGCCCUGUUCAUCUGGCCGGACACGAAUUUCCACUGGGUCCGCAUGGACAAGACUGGCUUCUGGAGCCACAAGCCCGGCGGCACACCUGUGCGAAACACCGACAACAACGGACAACAGAUUCGCGACCCCUCGAAGUCGGAUUUCUCUCCGUGGUCGCAAUUCUGUGGCUACAUGCACGUCGUCCCAAGUGUCGUGCAGAGCCACGUGGGUGGCACUGCUUCAGUCUUGAUCGUGUAG